UUGUGGCUCAAACCAACGACAACCAUGUCGCUGACAAAGUGCCUUCUUUUUGCCCUCCUGGCCAUCGUGGCCACCUCAUCCGUGAGUGCCGAACGAGUUCGCUAUGAUAACUACCGCAUGUACAAGGCGACUACAGAGAAUGCCAAGCAACUGGCGGUUCUGAAGGAUCUGGAGGGAUCUAGUGACUCGAUCAUGUUCUUGGACGGAGUUCACAUUGUGGGCGCUGAUGUCCAGAUCGUGGUGGCUCCCCACAAGGUGCCCGACUUCUUGGAGAUCUUGGGCAAGGCUGAAAUCAAAUACGAACUAAAGUCGAGCGAUGUUCAGAAGUCUAUGGACGAGGUCGAAGAGAAGGUUGCCAUCAAGGGACGUGCCACCAGGGCCUACAACUGGGCUGAAUACUAUGAACUCGAUGAUACCUACGCCUGGCUUCAAACCCUGGCUCAGCAAAACCCCGGAGUAGUCACCCUCAUUGAGGGCGGCAAGUCCUACCAGGGCCGCUCCAUUCUCGGCGUUAAGAUCACCAAGGGAGGCAAAAACAAACCCGGCAUCUUCUUGGAGGCCGGUAUCCAUGCCCGUGAGUGGAUCGCUCCGGCUGCCGCCACCUACAUCAUCAACCAACUCCUGACGUCCGAUGAGGAAUCCAUUAAGCAGCUGGCCGAGAACUACACCUGGUACAUCUUGCCCCACGCUAAUCCCGAUGGCUACGUUUACACCCACACUACUGAUCGCCUGUGGCGCAAGACCCGUACUCCCUACGGCAGCUGCUUCGGCGCCGAUCCCAACAGGAACUGGGGCUUCCACUGGAACGAGGUUGGUGCCAGCAGCAGUGCCUGCUCUGACACCUAUGCCGGACCUUCCGCUUUCUCCGAGGUCGAGACCCUGUCGCUGUCGGAGUUCAUCAAAACACUAAAUAUCAAGCUAUACAUCUCACUGCACGCCUACUCCCAGUACCUUCUGUAUCCCUAUGGUCACACCUCCGACCUGCCCGAUAACGUUGACGAUUUCGUGAAGGUCUACGACGCAGCCAUUGCUGCCGUGAACAAGCGCUAUGGAACCAAGUACACCGGAGGAAACAUUUACGAUGCCAUCUAUCCGGCUGCUGGAGCUAGUGUGGACUGGGCCUACGGAACCCAGGAUGUGCGCAUGUCCUUCUGCUACGAAUUACGCCCCUCUUCCACCUCCUACUUCACUGGAUUCAGGCUUCCUGCUGAGCAGAUCGUUCCGGCCAGUGAGGAGCUGCUUGAUUCGAUUGUGGCUAUGACCGCUGAGGUCAACAACUUGGGCUACUUCAACUAAGCGACUUACUAAUAAAGUACUCACAGUUUUACGGCAUAAA